GUCUUUUCUCUCUCUGGGAUUCUCAUAUUUCCAGGAAAGAAGUGAAAGAAAAGAAGCAAAAUCCGCAAGAAUAUAUUGAACUUCUCCAUUUUCACGAGUUUGGCUGUUCAGAAUUUAAGUUUUUUUCUUAUUUUACCUGUCUGUCUUUGUUCCUUGGAGCUCAGUAAAAAUAGCGUCGAGGAAUUGAAGGAAAAAAUCUUGGGUUUAGCUGGUGAUGACGAGGGAGAGGUUGGGAGUAAUGGAUUGGAGGAAAAUCUUGGCUUUCUUCUUGUCUUUCUGCUUGAUUCCGGCGUUUCUCCGGCGGGGGUCUAUAGUCUCCGGCAACACUGAAGGUGAUGCAUUGAGUAACCUGAAGUCCAAUCUGCUUGAUCCCAACAAUGUUCUUCAGAGCUGGGAUGCCACCCUUGUCAAUCCCUGUACCUGGUUUCAUGUCACCUGCGACAGCGAAAACAGCGUUACUAGAGUCGAUUUGGGGAACGCGAAUUUGACUGGGAGAUUGGUUCCAGAUCUUGGCCGGCUCGAGAAGUUGCAGUACCUGGAGCUGUAUAGCAACAACAUUAGUGGAACAAUUCCAAGUGAGCUUGGAAACUUAACAAGGUUGGUCAGCUUGGAUCUCUACCAGAACCAAUUGAGUGGCAAUAUCCCUGUGUCUUUGGGCAAUCUUCAACAACUGAGGUUCCUGAGGCUCAAUAAUAACUCUUUGGGAGGCACCAUUCCCAGAGUAUUAACCAAGGUUCAGUCACUGCAAGUCCUUGAUUUCUCAAACAACUUUUUGCAAGGAACAGUUCCAAUCAAUGGUUCCUUUUCUCUUUUCACUGAACUCAGUUUCCUAAACAACUCAAGAUUAAAAUAUGCUCCUACCCCUCCACCAGCUCCGAUUUCCCCAACAGCCUCUUCUUCAGGGGGGAGCAGCACUAUUGGUGCCAUUGCUGGAGGAGUGGCUGCAGGUGCUGCAAUUUUGUUUGCUGCUCCUGCAAUUCUGCUGGCGUGGUGGCGGAGAAGGAAACCGCAAGUCCAUUUCUUUGAUGUUCCCGCUGAGGAGGACCCCGAGGUCCACCUUGGACAGCUGAAGAAGUUCUCUCUGCGCGAGCUGCAAGUUGCCACGGAUCAUUUCAGCAACAAGAACAUACUCGGGAGAGGCGGGUUUGGCAAGGUGUACAGAGGGCGAUUGGCUGAUGGCUCGUUGGUUGCAGUGAAAAGACUCAAGGAGGAACGCAGCCAGGGCGGGGAGAUGCAGUUCCAGACCGAAGUCGAGAUGAUUAGUAUGGCUGUGCACAGAAAUCUCCUCCGGUUGCGUGGCUUCUGCAUGACACCAACUGAAAGGUUGCUCGUUUAUCCUUACAUGGAGAAUGGGAGCGUUGCUUCACGUUUAAGAGACCGACCUGAAUCAGUGCCCCCGCUGGACUGGCCAGUGAGGAAGCAUAUUGCCCUCGGGGCUGCUAGAGGGCUCGCCUAUUUGCACGACCAUUGUGACCCGAAGAUCAUCCACCGCGAUGUCAAAGCUGCAAACAUUUUGCUGGACAGGGAGAUGGAAGCCGUUGUGGGUGAUUUCGGGCUGGCCAAACUCAUGAACUACAAGGACACUCAUGUUACCACUGCAGUGCGUGGCACAAUUGGGCAUAUAGCUCCUGAGUAUCUGUCAACUGGUAAAUCUUCUGAGAAAACUGAUGUUUUUGGGUAUGGAGUUAUGCUUUUGGAGAUCAUCACGGGACAGAGGGCGUUCGAUCUUGCUCGCCUCGCCAACGAUGAUGAUGUUAUGUUGCUCGAUUGGGUGAAGGGGCUUCUGAAGGAGAAGAAGUAUGAAAUACUAGUUGAUGCAGAUCUUCAGGGCAUGUAUGAGGAAGAUCAAGUGGAGCAGCUGAUUCAGGUCGCCCUGCUCUGCACGCAGGGCACCCCGAUGGAGCGUCCACGAAUGGCAGAAGUCGUGGGGAUGCUGGAAGGCGAAGGGCUGGCCGAGAAGUGGGAGGAGUGGCAGAAGGAAGAAAUGUUCAGGGCCGAUUACAGCCAGGCGCCCCACCCUAUUGGUUGGAACAUCCCUGAUUCCACACCAAAUCUCCAAGAUGAAGUGUUGUCUGGACCAAGAUGAUCCUUCAAUGGCUCUCUGUCAUAGCCUGUAAGGUAUAUGUGUAUGUAGGACUAGUGCAAAACUCACUGCCAGGACUAUGGAAGUGCCAAUGUAAUUCAUAUUUUUGUGUACUGCAUAGUGAUGAUGGAAAAAGCGGGGCAAUCCCAGGUCAGACUGUUGAUUUAGUAGCUGUAAAGUUUCAAGUUUGACUCCCAGCGGGAAUCGCCUAUUAGCCUUUUUGGUUUGAGUUGGUCAGGUAUAGACAAUUUAGAUUGGUUUACCUCCUUGUAGUCCUUUGUUGUCUAGGGUCAGAAGACGGGGUUCUGGUUUACCUCCUUA